GGUAAGGUACAAAGGAGCAGGCAGAGCGUAGUCAGAUGGCGUAGUCGGGCAGGCCGGGUCGGUAGCAAACGGGCAGGUAAGGUACAAAGGAGCAGGCAGAGCAUAGUCAGACGGGCCGGGUCAGGAACAAUCAGGGAGACAAGGUACAAAGGAGCAGACUGGAGAGUGGUCAGGAAUAGCAGAGGUCAGGACAGGCGGAGUUCAAUCAGAGUCAGGGAUCAAGCAGGAUCAGACAGGAAGCAGACAGGAUGCAAGUACAGGGGCUCUUGGGAAACAUACACCAAGGCCCUG